AGUUUAAUUAUUUAGUUUGUUUCAAUCAAAGCAAGGUGAAAGUUUCCUCCCCAAAUCUACAUAAUGCUCCUUUAACAUUUACCAAUAAUUUAAUUGAGGGUUACAGGUAGAUGUUUCUUCUUAUUACAGAUGUGGCCUCUAACUAAUAUUUAAGAACAAACAAUCAACUUCUGAGGAAUUAUUAUAGAUUAAAUUAGAUUUGUUUUGUGCACAGGUACAGGCCAGUAUUGGUUUAUUGGAAUUCUUUUGUGUAUUUCUCUAGAAUAAAGACAAAAAAGGCAGUUAGAGGAGCAACAUACAACUUUAUUAAAAAUCGUAAUGUAAGUCAUGUAACACUCUGUUUGUUUAAAUUUAAAUGUUACUUUCGUCAAUAGAAAAAAAAAAUGAGCCCAGAAUUAAGAGUUAGAUUAAUGUCCCUGUUUAAAUUAGAAACAGGUAGGAGCGAGUGUCCAGCAGGGGGAAGUGCAGCUCUGUCAUUGGCUGAACGAAGCACCAAGAAACCCACGAGUAAGAAAUACAGGAAGUAACAACAGAUUGAAUCCUGCAGUAACGUGAGGACGCGACAGACAUGGAUGAACCAGAGUGUGAUGAUACUUUAGAUGACUGGUUCAUCGAGUCCCUGAAAACGUACAAAGAUCUUUAUGUGUACCAGCUGGAAUGUCCCACCAAGGUCAUCGAAUGGACAUCAGGCAGGACCGUGUGUGUUGCAGGUUACAGUUCAUCUAAAAAUGAAAUCCUGGAGCUGCGUUUGCCCCCAAAACUCUUCGCCAGUGAAAAUAAGGGUCUCUGCGCAGAACGGGAUUUCAAAGUUGUCCACGGUGGUUUCACAGACGGGCCUGUUCACUGCCUCAAACACGUCCCAGGAACCCGGUGUGUUGUCACCAACGAUGGGCGGAGCUCCGAGCUGCAGGUGUGGGAGCUCGGAGGAGACGACAGCGAUGUGAUCAGGAGAACAGGAAGUGUGGCGGGGAGGAGCGGUGCGUCAGAGGGAGGCAGCAGGAUCGCAGCUCGACUCUCGUCACAGCCUCAAGUUCUUCACGGAGCUCAGAGCAACGACGUCCAGCUGACCCAGCUGACCUCAGGACAGCCGCUGUACAAACUAGAGACGGACUCAGCAGAUCCUCUGAGUUCUCUACAGUUUGUGGCCGACUCCGUCUUCCUCGCCUGCUGCUGUAACGGGAACGUUUACAUCGCCGACACUCGGACGGCUGCUGCCCCUCAGCUUUCACCUCCACCAGCGUCUUCAGGUGAAUCUGUCCUCUGGUGGACGGACGCCUCCUCAGGUUCUUCCUGUUUGGACCCAACCAGCUGCAGGAUCGUCAGACUCUCCUCGUCUGGACAGGCGGUGGUUUCAGACCUGAGGAACCAGAGAGAAGCUGCGAGUCAGGCUCAGCUGGACGCCCAAUCACAUCGCUGCAACCUGGAUGAUGUCAGAGUGUCGUGGGCUCCGGCGCUGGAUGGCUGUAUCGCAGUGUCAGGUUUCAGUGGAGCCGUUCAGAUCUACAACACGUCAGUCUGGAGGUCGGAGCUGCAGGAGGCGCAGCCGCUGUUCCAGCACCGCGGUCACACAGUUUCAUCUCAGUCUGACGACGGCGUCUUCGUCACCUCCCACGUCUGGCAUCCCGAGAGGCCACGGACGCUCCUGUCCGCUGCCUCGGACGGAUCCGUCCAUGUGUGGGACUGGGUCGACCAAUCAGCUGGCAGCUGAGGAGGAGCUGAUGUUCUGCUCAGUGGAGCGAGUCAGGAACAUGCAGCGAAAACAUAAAAACAAAGAGUAACUGAUCACUUUCUGAUUGAGCAGAUCGAGACAUGAAGUCUGGUCUGUAGAUUUCAGCAGCGCCUCCAACUUUGAUCAAAGGAUGACGAGAGGAAAGUGGAAUAUAAGUAAAAAACGUAUCAGGAGCAAAAUGUGGAACUUGUUUCUGUGCCCCAAAACCAAUUUUAUAUUAAAAUUACAGCAAAGCUUCAUUUGCUGAAAAUUAGAUCAAAGAACAUUUUCUUCUCGUCCUCAGUCAACUGUGGGAAACAAACUUUAGAAAUUACAGAUAUUUGGCUGGAUUCAUGUCGCAGCUGUUUCUGGUGACUUUUAAUUUAAAUUCAAAUUAGAUCAGGCGGCUUCUGGUUGUUGUGUUACUGCACAUAAUAAAAUAUUUUCCUCUGAGUGCUGCAACAGUUUGAAAGGGUCAGUGAGCAAAACAUGUUUUCCUUCUUAGACUAGCGUCUAACAAUACUGUCGUUAGUGAGGUGAGCUGGCAGCUGUGACGCUGAAUCAGCUAAAAAAAAAAACACACGAAACAGCAGGUGGUGGAGAGAAAAACUUACUGCAUCUUUUAACAGCAUCAGUGUGUUUACAGAGACACUACAGAACCUUUUUUAAUUGGAUUUAGUCACUUCAGGCUGUGUGAAAUGUUUUUAUUCGUCUGUAUUUCUAUAUUUGGGAACAUCAGGAGCUUCGUCAACCUGCAGCAGUGACGCGCUGCUUUGUACGGUCAAUUAAAAUGAAGUGGGAACAACAGUUAACUGUCUCGAGCUGUUCGGUCCGGGUUCUGAAGUAUCAACAUCCGACCUGAGUGAUCGGAUCACACGAGGACGGCUCUCAGUACAGGUGUGAACGAGACGCAGCGAUCACACAGUGGAUUACACACUGAGUUAUAUACGCUCCACUGUAAUGUGAAUGUUUGUGCUCUUUUAACUCGCCAACGUCAGCAGCAGAUGUUUGUGAACGCAUCAGAGAACAACGAGCCGAGUGACACGAGGACUCGCACAGUUUCUGCUCGUCUGUGUCGCAUGUUGUCGUCCACUGAAAUAAAACUAUCCAAACACGAUC